AUGCAAAUGACUCCAGUGGCGCCGGAACAAGCAAAUGCAGCCAAGUCGUCGGGAUGUCAAUGGGGCACCACGUCGUACCUCUGGAACCUUCGGCUUGGCCACAUAGGUCAUGAUGGACUCAAUUGCAUCGUGACGAAGAACAUCGGAAUUGGCAUCGACAUAUCUUCGGUGAAGAAGUGGGACGUGUGUGAAUGUUGUGCUCUAGGAAAACAGACUCGAUUGUGCUUCCAAUCGAACACUACAGCUCGCACCUCCAAACUGUUGGAAGUGAUUCACAGCGAUGUAUGCGGCCCGAUGCAGACGUCGACUUUCAGUGGCAAGCGCUAUUUCGUCACGUUUAUCGACGACAAGUCAAGAUACUGUGUCGUGUAUCUGCUCAAGAGCAAAUCUGAAGUUGCGGCGAAGUUCAUGGAAUACGCUGCGAUGGCCGAAACGCAAACCGGAAAGCGCGUGAAGUACUUUCAAAGCGACAAUGGGGGAGAGUACAAGUCUGACAAGUUGGUACGAUUCUGCGCGGAACGGGAGAUACAACAAAGGCUCGCACCCUUAGAUACUCCUCAGCUCAACGGAGUAGCUGAGGGAAUGAAUCGCACGCUGGUUGUGUGUGCGCGCUGUAUGAUGAAACAUGCUGGACUGGGAAAGAGCUACUGGGGUGAAGCAGUGAUGACGGCGAUGUUUCUUCGAAACCGCUGGCAACACGUGCCAUCCACCAAGACAAGUCUCCAUAUCAAGUGUGGACGAUGA